AGAUCUUUGACGGGACGCGUUUGACGGAUCCGUUCGACAACAUUCCGCAGUUUUGGGAUCACGCAGAUCACACGGAAGCCGUUCGUUCCCUAUAGCGCCCGCACGUUACUGAUGCCGAGCGCUACAGCCACUCCACCACCCGACGUCACCGUGCCAGCGCUGAAUGCCGCCAAGGGCAUUCAGCUGAAGUUUUGGAUCGACGAGGCCAAUCGAGCUGCGGGGAAGAAGUCCUUGACGAAGACCGGCACUGUCGAGGCCCUCAGAACGAAGCUCGCCGAGUACUACGGCCUCGACCUUGCAGCCACCCCCGAGAAACCUGCGGGACCCAUCACCCGCGGACACGACGUGCAGAAACGGCAGUUCGCCUACCUGCGUGAGCUCUGGAACGAGUGGAUGGGAUGCGUGGUCACGAGCCAACCGUUUCUGCUCUGCUCGACGUCUGCCGAAUCACUUGAUGUGCGGCUCCUCGAGCUUGCGAUCACCUCUAUCCCCACCCAGAUCAGCUUCGCACUGCCGAAUCCCCUUCCCACGUCUCCUCCGCUGCCUGCUGUCACGAACGACAGUGUCUACGCACUGUCGCACCUUGCGCGAUCGGGGGACUGUGAUGCCUUCGUCACACUGCUUCGAUUUCGCGCAGUUGUGCAAGCACGUGCGGAUCCCAUCAUCCGCCUCGGAAUAUCUUGCGGCUCCUCUACACCACCACAGCCGCCACUCCCUGCACUCGAUCUGUCUCCGUCCCUCUUGAGCCUGCCGUCACUGCCAGAUGUGCAACCUGCCGUGGGACUCCCGCCAUCUGCCAGCCGCCAUCAACCAGCCUCGUGCCUGCCAGCAGAGGCUUCCCCCCUCGCCAUGUCAUCACCUGCCACCACCAGGACUCCACCAACCACGUCUGCACCUGUCCCGUCUCAGGAAGCAGUGCUGUUGUCAGCUUGCAAAGCUGACAUUGCAGUGCUCAACCACGCAGCUUCGCUGCGUGAUGUCAUUGCACAGGUAGAAGCUGGAGAUGUCGCUCGCAUCCGGCAGCUCUAUGGACCGUGCCCAGGGCGUGCAGCCAUCUCACUCUGGCAGACCAUCAAGUGUACUGUUUGCCGUCGAGAGAGGCUGUAUGCGCAGCUUCAGGAUGAGUUCUGUGGUGACAAGGAUCGCUUUUUUUCCUUUUUCACAAUCCCAGUAACAUCAGAGGUAAAUGGUAAGUCCUUGAGGCAGAAGGCUAAACGCAGUGCACCUGUCGAGCAGCUGCGGCCCUUGCGGAAAGUUGACGAGGCUGUCAGUCGGAGGGAUAAGAACCUUGCUGAGGUCAUGGCCAGUGACGAGUACAGUGACGAGGGCAGCUUCUCCAGCGAAAAGUGGGAAGCAACGUGGUCGGGCAUGAAUCGAUGGGAGAUAUGGAGGGCAAUUGGAAAGGAGAGGUACUGAGGACCCUGUGUUAUUUACACAUACACUACAAUUGCAUUUAUUAUCUAUCCUACUA